AUGCUUAGAGUAACCUACAGAUUGAGGCAUUGGCCUCUCUAUCGAAACAAGUUGAUCCAGGGCGCUAUAAGUCAGUGUGCCAGACCUUCACGGUCGUACUCUUUAAAGCCUCCAGUGUAUAAGAAAUCGGCGAAUAUUUUGGUGAAUGCUUUGAACUACGUCAAGGAUGUCGAAGAGUAUCAAGAAGCACUUACAAAAAACUCUGUUGCCGCCAAUUUAACAAACGAACUCUUGCUUAAGAUUUCCGACCAGCCCGAGCUACUAUUCAUACUCCUGCAAUUUCAUUCAAAGCUUGCCGAAAUCGGGAUCACUGCUAGUUCUUCUAGAGAAUUUACAACAGCGCAAAUUUGGAAAUACAGAAUCCACUAUGUGAUGAAAUUGGCUCAACUUCAUGACAUAUUUUGGACUCAGUGUCGAUAUCUCGACAUUUCGGAAAGAGAACACAAGCUAGGCUUUCUGCCCACGGAAAUAGGUGUUCUUGAUCCCACUAACUUUGAUAAAGAUGCAUAUGAACAGUUGCAACGGGGCGUUUAUAACGGGUUGAACUUUAAACAUAUUAAAAUGGCCGGGUUAGGUUCGUUUGAAUAAGAAAGGGGCAAGAUACGUAUUGUGUGGCUUCUUUAAAGUCACUUCACUGAUGUUUUGCUUUAUAAAUAUGCUUCUCUUAUGUAUCAGAGUAAACGUAGUUAUGUAUAUAUAUAUAUGACACUUAUGGUUUAGGAAUAUGCAAGCUCUUGGAG